UUCUGCGAGCAGGUGCCGCGGCGGGAGCGCAUCGGUCGCCGCCGCCGCCACGAUGUUGGAGAUCCAGCUGGACGAUGGCGGCGUGGGGGGCUACCCGGGCGACGACUACUGCUCGGGCUCGGUGAUGUCGGAGCGGGUGUCGGGCCUGGCCAACAGCAUCUACCGCGAGUUCGAGCGCCUCAUCCACUGCUACGACGAGGAGGUGGUCAAGGAGCUGAUGCCGCUGGUGGUGACCGUGUUGGAGAACCUCGACUCGGUGCUGACCGACAACCAGGAGCACGAGGUGGAGCUGGAGCUGCUGCGCGAGGACAACGAGCAGUUGCUCACCCAGUACGAGCGCGAGAAGGCGCUGCGCAAGCAGGCCGAGGAGAAGUUCAUUGAAUUUGAAGAUGCGCUGGAACAGGAGAAGAAAGAACUGCAGAUACAGGUCGAACACCUUGAAUUUCAAACACGGCAGCUGGAGCUGAAGGCCAAGAACUAUGCGGACCAGAUUUCGCGGCUGGAGGAGAGGGAAUCCGAAAUGAAGAAAGAGUACAACGCCCUUCACCAACGCCACACAGAGAUGAUCCAAACCUACGUGGAACACAUUGAGCGCUCCAAGAUGCAGCAGGUUGCCGGAAAUAGCCAAAACGAGAGCGGUCUGCCAGGGAGGAGUCACCGCCAGUCAUGGAGGAAAAGCAUGAAGAGGCGUCCCAAUUCUCUGAACAUCCCCCUCGCAGAUGACAUGGUACGUGGGCAGGUGGGGGCCAAGAUCGCCCCCGCAGUGGACCACUGGCACCUCAGUGACCUCGGCCAGCUGCAGUCCAACUCCGGCUACAAGUGCCCACAAGACGAAAUGUCAGAAUCUGGGCAGUCCUCCGCAGCCGCUACGCCCAGCACUACGGGCACCAAAUCCAACACGCCCACCUCAUCGGUGCCCUCGGCUGCCGUCACCCCCCUGAACGAGAGCCUUCAGCCCAUGAAUGACUACAUCACGUCGAAGAACAACAAGCGGUCGCGGGAGAAGCGGAACAGCCGGAACAUGGAAGUCCAGGUCGCCCAGGAGACAAGGAACGUGAGCAUAGGAAUGGGCAGCAGCGACGAGGGCUCAGAUUUUCAAGAUAUCGACUCUACUCCAGAGCUGGACAUGAGUCAGGAUCCCCGGCUGGAGCGUUCAGGGAACAGCCCCACGCAGGGGAUUGUGAACAAAGCGUUUGGCAUCAACACCGACUCCCUGUAUACCGAACUUACCGAAGUGGGCUCGGAGGCCAUUGGGGACGUGGACGAAGGAGCCGACCUGUUAGGGGAGUUUUCAGUACGGGAUGAUUUCUUUGGGAUGGGCAAAGAAGUGGGGAAUCUGUUGAUGGAGAACACGCAGCUGCUGGAAACUAAAAACGCUUUGAACAUCGUGAAGAACGAUUUGAUUGCCAAGGUAGAUCAGCUCACGGGAGAACAGGAGGUAUUGAAAGGAGAGCUGGAAGCGGCAAAGCAAGCAAAAGCCAAGAUGGAAGCCAGAAUCAAGGAACUCGAGGAGGAGCUGAAAAGAGUGAAAUCGGAAGUGAUCGUCGCCCGUCGAGAACCCAAAGACGAGGUGGAGGAUGUAAGCAGCUAUCUCUGUACAGAAUUGCCAUCCUCCUCCCCUCUGCAGGACAACAUCCCCAUCGCUCAGCGACGGCGGUUCACCCGCGUGGAGAUGGCCCGGGUCUUGAUGGAACGCAACCAAUACAAGGAAAGGUUGAUGGAGCUGCAAGAGGCUGUCAGGUGGACAGAGAUGAUCAGAGCCUCCCGAGAGCAUCCUUCUGUACAGGAGAAAAAGAAGUCCACCAUUUGGCAGUUCUUCAGCCGCCUGUUCAGCUCCUCCUCCAGUCCUCCGCCGGCGAAACGGAGUUACCCGUCGGUGAACAUCCACUACAAAUCUCCCACGGCGGCUGGGUUCAGCCAGCGCCGCAGCCACACCAUGUGUCAGAUCUCCGCCGGGAGCCGCACCCUUGAGUUCUUCCCGGACGAUGACUGCACGUCAUCCGCACGGCGGGAGCAGAAGCGGGAGCAGUACCGCCAAGUCCGGGAGCAUGUGCGGAACGACGACGGACGCUUGCAGGCUUGUGGGUGGAGCCUUCCCGCCAAAUACAAGCAGUUGAGUCCCAACGGCGGCCAAGAAGACAACCGGAUGAAGAACGUCCCCGUGCCUGUCUACUGCCGCCCUCUAGUAGAGAAGGACCCAACCAUGAAGUUAUGGUGUGCAGCUGGUGUCAAUCUGACAGGUUGGAAGCCUGUGGAACCAGAUCCUGGCAACGGACAGAAGCCAGAUCCAGGAUGUGACCCUCUCACUUGUGACCGAGAAGUGGAAGGAGAGAGCGCCAAGAAUAACCACACGUCUCCAGAGAAGAAAAAGACCAAAGAGCUGCACGAGAUGGACGCUACAUCCAGCAGGGUGUGGAUCCUCACCAGCACCUUGUCCACGAGCAAAGUCGUGAUCAUUGAUGCCAACCAGCCAGGAACGGUGGUGGAUCAUUUCACCGUAUGCAACGCCCACGUGCUUUGCAUCUCCAGCAUCCCGGCUGCCUGCGACACGGACUACCCUCCUGGAGAAAUCUUCCUGGAAGGGGACAUCAAUCCCGAAGAGUCCUCAGGAACGGAUGGAGUUUUGGCAGGCAUUACCUUGGUGGGCUGCGCGACCCGGUGCAACGUACCCAGCAGCAAUUGUUCCUCCCGCGGAGACACCCCAGUCCUGGAUAAAGGGCAGAGCGAGGUGCCUGCAGUCAGCAAUGGCAAGAUCAAUCCGUCCCAGUCCACCGAGGAGGCGACGGAGGCUACAGAGGUGCCGGAGACCGGUGUCAACGAAUUGGAGCCGGCCCAAGUCCGGACGGGCCCGCUGACUGAACAUGUCUUUACAGAUCCGACCCCAGUUCAGGCAUCUGUGAGGCAGAACAGUGAGAAUGGACAGCCAAAGACAGAGUCAAGCACGGCAGCGCAAGACCAAGAGGCAAACGGCAACGCAGCCGGUGCGACCACUAGUGCUGCCCCCACCAUGUGGCUUGGAGCACAGAACGGCUGGUUGUACGUGCAUUCGGCAGUCUCAAACUGGAAGAAGUGCCUACACUCAAUCAAGCUGAAGGACUCGGUGCUAAGUUUGGUGCACGUGAAAGGACGUGUUCUUGUGGCCCUGGCGGAUGGGACGCUAGCGAUAUUCCAUCGGGGAGAAGACGGCCAGUGGGACCUCAGCAACUACCAUCUCAUGGACCUGGGCCACACGCACCAUUCCAUCCGCUGCAUGGCCGUGGUGUACGACCGCGUGUGGUGCGGCUACAAGAACAAAAUCCACGUCAUCCAGCCCAAGACGAUGCAGAUAGAGAAGUCCUUCGAUGCACAUCCUCGCCGCGAGAGCCAGAUUCGGCAGCUGGCUUGGAUCGGGGAUGGCGUUUGGGUUUCCAUCCGCCUGGACUCCACCCUGAGGCUCUACCAUGCUCACAGCCAUCAGCAUCUCCAGGAUGUGGACAUCGAGCCCUACGUCAGCAAGAUGCUCGGAACCGGAAAGCUGGGCUUCUCCUUUGUGCGGAUUACGGCCUUGCUCAUCGCCGGCAAUCGCCUCUGGGUAGGGACGGGCAACGGGGUCGUCAUUUCCAUCCCUUUGACUGAGACUGUAGUCCUCCACCGAGGUCAGCUGCUUGGGCUCAGGGCCAAUAAGACGUCCCCAACCUCUGGAGAAGGGAGCCGCCCUGGCGGAAUCAUUCAUGUGUACGGCAGUGAUGAAGGCAGCGACAAAUCUGCCAGCAGCUUCAUCCCGUACUGCUCCAUGGCUCAAGCCCAGCUCUGCUUCCAUGGUCACCGCGACGCAGUCAAAUUCUUCGUCUCUGUGCCUGGUAACGUCCUCGCAACGCUGAACGGGAGCGUGCUGGACAGCCCCUCCGAGAACCCCAGCACGACCACCAUCGAGACGGAAGGUCAGAAGCUGAAAAACGUCCUGGUGCUGAGUGGCGGCGAGGGCUACAUCGACUUCCGGAUUGGAGAUGGAGAAGACGAUGAGACGGAGGAAAACGCCGGAGACGCCGCCCAGGUCAAGCCGGUGCUGUCCAAGGCCGAACGGAGCCACAUCAUCGUGUGGCAGGUGUCCUACAUCCCCGAAUGAGCUCCGCCUCUUCCUUUUUCUGCCAAUGUAACUUUCUCUCCCCC